GUAACCCCUAUAUCUCUCUAAGCUAACUCAUCCCCAAGAAGAAGAAAAAGAACUGAAGAUUAUUUUUAAAAUUAAAAAAAAACUAUAUAUGGAAGUGGAAAACUUGAGUUGCGUAGUUACAAUUAGUAGUUACAAAGAAGAAGAGGCAGAUGAGGAGGAUGUUAUGCUUCCAGGGUUCAGAUUCCAUCCAACAGAUGAAGAACUUGUAGGGUUUUAUCUUCGGAGGAAAGUUGAGAAAAGGCCCGUCACUAUUGAACUCAUCAAACAGAUUGACAUCUACAAAUAUGACCCUUGGGAUCUUCCCAAGUCUAGCAACAUGGGAGACAAGGAAUGGUACUUCUUUUGCAAAAGAGGCAGAAAAUAUAGAAAUAGUAUUAGACCAAACAGAGUGACUAGUUCCGGAUUCUGGAAGGCUACUGGUAUUGACAGACCUAUUUAUUCUAGUGUUGGACAAGGCCGUCGUCAUGAAUGUAUUGGGCUGAAGAAGUCGUUGGUUUACUACCGUGGGAGUGCAGGAAAAGGCACCAAAACUGAUUGGAUGAUGCACGAGUUUCGACUUCCUGCCGAAAAUGAUAAAUCCACAAAACAUAUUGAAGCUAAAAGCAUUGCUCAAGAAGCUGAAGUUUGGACACUCUGCAGAAUCUUUAAGCGAAAUGGGUCAUAUAGGAAGUGCCUUCCGGAAUGGAGAUCUGUAGCAGCAGCAAAGCGACACCCAACUGAUACAAGUUCAAAAACAUGCAGCGCUGAUUCUUCAGAUUAUAUAAUUAGCUUUGGUGCUCCCGUUAUGAGGCCGCACAAUAAUAUCACUGAGAUCAAACCCUUUAGCGGUCAUGUUCAUGACAUAUCAAAUAAUAGCCAGCUGCUUAUGGGUCAAUUAAGUUCAGUGCGUCAAGCACCUUCCGUAUCCCACUCGAGCUAUGGUCACACUUUAGCUCCGGACAUGAAUGAGUUGCUGUUAAAGCAUGGAGAUUGGGAUGAACUUACAUCUUUUUUAGAUCUUGCCGUUGAUCCGUUGUUCUGACUUUGUAAAGUAACAUACAUAUUUAACGGCAUUUCCUAUACUGAAAUAACAGAAAACUUCAGCAAAAUUUCUUUAUCUUA